CAGCAGGCGGAUCUUGCUGCGAGAAACUCCAAUUGCAAUCAGACAGGUCGUUGUUGUGGUCCCUAGUGGCUCUCCCUUUACACGAACUGGUUUCUGACAGUCUUUCUCUGCUAUCGAAGAGGCUGCUCCAAAUGAUGCAUAUACUCACAGGCGACAUGCUACCUAACAACAUCGAACGGAUCUAGAGACUAUGCCGACCACAACCCGCCGCAGAUGACGACACUACCAACCUCUCCAACGGCCGGUGUAAAGCGGACGCGACAGCUGUCGCACGACAGUAGCCCGACUCUUGAUGAACACCAUGGGAACAAGCCGUCAUCCCCGCAGCAGGUCGCGAACGGAUCGUCCGCGUCCUCUUUUCGGAAUGUUUCUGCUUGCAACCGUUGUCGGCUGAGGAAAAAUCGGUGCGACCAGCAGCUUCCAGCUUGCACAGCUUGCCAAAAGGCUCACGUCAAAUGCGUUGGUUACGAUCCGAUCUCGAAACGAGAGAUUCCGCGCAGCUAUGUGUAUUUCCUCGAAACCCGUGUCUCGUACCUUGAGUCCUUACUUCAGAGUAACGGAGUACCUUUCGACCCACCCGAAGAGUUCGCUUCGACCCAGGAGAUUAAGAGGACAACAUCUGAUCUUAACGGCGACGCACAUACCCGCACAGCGGCGGAUGCUGCCGUUGGCGAAGAUGCGCACGAAGGCCGCAACAAAGUGGACAGAUUAUUAUCACACGCGAGUAGAGUCGCUGUGCAGGGUGCUUCCGACUCGCGUUUCUUAGGCUCGACAUCCGGUAUAUCCUUCGCUAGAGUCGUUUUCGCAGCGGUGAAAAGCUCUGUAAACGGGGCAGCAUCUGAACGUGGGAUGAUAAAGCCCUCAAAACCGCAUAGUGGCACCGCCGGAGGCACAUCGAUGCGCGAUUCGUUCUUUGGAUUACACACCAAGCCUUCGAUCCAGCCCGCCACGUUUCCUGCAAGAGACGUCGGGUUAAGCCUGGUCGAGUUGUAUUUUGAGCACGCAAAUCCACAAAUCCCUAUUCUUCACAGACCAGACUUCAUGGCCAUGUUUGACAAGGUCUACGCAACUGAGGAGCACAAUAGAACGGCGCGUGAGUUGUACAUGCUGAAUAUUGUGUUUGCCAUUGGAGCUGCUAUUAUUGUCGGAAAAUCGAAUGACGAGGAGGGCCAAGCAAGCAGCGCGUCAGCAUCUCGCCCAGAACCAGAAUCUCAUAGUUUCAAGCGACGAAGGCUAUCUGAUGAUCAGGCACAACCGGAGGAAUACCAUGCAUCUGCAAUAGUACAUCUAGAGAGUUUCUUAUCCUCAUCUGCCGUGCCAGAAAGGCUUGAUGGGAUCGGCGGAAGCUUAGAAGAGCUACAGGCUGUUCUUCUACUAGCUGGCUUUGCCUUGCUGCGACCUGUUGCACCUGGUUUAUGGUACAUUGUUGGUGUGGCAGUGCGUCUCGCGGUUGAUCUUGGCCUGCACUCGGAAGAUUGGGCCGACAAUGAUAUAAGAAACGUGAGCGAGGACCACAGGAACCCCGAGGGUGACCUUAUUGCCGAGCCGCCAACGACUGAGAAGCAGCUCAUUGAGAGAGGACGUAGACAAUAUAUUUGCGACUUUCGGAGGCGACUGUGGUGGUGUGUCUAUUCCUUCGAUAGGCUUGUGAGUACUUGUGUUGGACGUCCCUUUGGCAUCACAGACCAGGUUAUUACCACCGAAUUUCCUACAUUGCUGGAUGACAACUAUAUCACACCCAGAGGCUUCACCAGGUCACCAGCAUCCGUCCCAAAGCCAACCUACAAACUGGUUGCAUACCAUUACUUUCGACUACGUCUACUGCAGUCCGAAAUCCUUCAGGUGCUACAACAUCGUCAGGCGCUCCAAGCUCGUGAAAGGGGUGUAAACCGGGACAAUCCUUUCAUUCACAAGCAGCUACCGUCUCCAUUCCUACGGGAUUUUGGGGGCUCGUUCCGAAUUUGGCGACAGGAUAUUGAUCGAAGGCUCUGGGAGUGGAAAACCUCCUCACCAACCCAGGAAGAAACAGGGGUGCAGUUUUCGCCACUUUUCCUGGAGCUCAACUAUUGGCAGGCUGUGAUUAUGUUGUACAGACAAAGUCUUAGUGUGCCUCCCGUCUUAGCGGAAGAACUUGCCUCAACCAAUGAGGAGAUACAAAGUCCCUCUAUGGUGCAGCAGGAGGACCAGGAGGAUGAAGAGGCCGUGUUUUUGAAGGUUGCCGAGGCUGGUCAGAAAGUUCUGAAGCUGUACCGCCAGCUUCAUCGCAUACAUCUAGUCAAUUACACGUUCUUGGCUACACACCACCUUUUUAUGGCCGGUAUAUCAUUUCUCUAUGCUAUUUGGCAUUCACCCACGGUGCGAAGUCAGCUGAGCCUUGAUGAUGUCGAUUUUACGGUGCUGGCGGCUACAUCUGUACUUGAUGACUUGAUCGAGAAGUGUCCUCCCGCAGAAGCAUGUAGGGAUGCCUUUGUCAGAAUGAGUAAAGCAACAAUCAAGAUGUGCCUCUCGACUACUGGAUUCGGAAAUCGAGGAGGUCUGAAUAACAUGCCUAAUCAUAUGGGUUCGACUGAAACUGCAACUGUUCACUCUAGCACGCAGAGCGUCAAUCCAAAUGCUCCCUAUUUCACCCAUCGAGCCAGUGCACCAGUUGCAUCCCAAAGGAGACAGCCCGAGUUCGACUAUGACUUGAGAAAGCUUUUUAGUGACGAAGAGAGCGCAUCACGACCGUUUGUGCGGUAUAAUAAUAUGCCUAAAAUUUCUCCAGCCCAACGUCAGUCGCUCAGCAUUCCACAGCAAAUGCCAAUUCUGAAGGCAGAGUCAUCAAAUAGCAGCUUGAGUCCACAACAAACUCCAGCUUUUCCAGGACCGCGCACUUCAUCAACUCUAACUUCACCUAUCAUGAGCACACAGAUGCCACAGAACAGCCAUGGAUAUCCUCAGCAGCAAUCUUCUCCGACUUCGUUCGGCAACGCAAUGUCCAACUCAAAUACGUAUUCCAGCUUUGCCAACCAAUACCCUGGGCUUAGUCCAUUCAGUGACCUUGACUUCUUAGAAACUUUCCCUCUUGGCCCGGAGAAGCAAAGUAGCACAGAUCAGGUGCAGCCAUUUGAUUCAGCGUUUGCUGAUUUCAACAUGGACUUUGGAAUGGGUUGGGAUGGAAGUUUACCAGCUGGGGGCUUUGGCGACGAAAGUGGCGGUGUUGAUUUGUUCGAUGGGUUCUUCUUUGGAGGCCAGCAAGGUUGAGCAAACACGUUUUGGCGAUGCGUUAAACGCGGCUCCUUCUUAUCAUCUGGAUCGAUCAGUGCUUUCUGCUUUAACAGUCAAUGAGGGAUUAAAAAUGGGUGAAAACAGAAGCACAGGUGGUAAACGACGCCGUUUGUGCUUUGGGAUUUUAGUUAUUAUUACGAGAUAUACCCUGCGACACGACGUUAUAUAGGUCAAUUCAUCCGAUCUUUUAUAAUA